UUCAAUCAAAGGAAAGGAGAAAAAAAGAGAUGCAGGGAGAUGCAAGAUGGCAGAGCUGCAAAUGUUGUUAGAGGAAGAAAUUCCAGCCGGCAAAAGAGCCCUGGUUGAGAGCUACCAGAACCUGACUAGGGUAGCGGACUAUUGCGAAAACAAUUAUGUUCAGGCUGUGGACAAGCGGAAAGCCCUGGAAGAGACGAAAGCCUACACCACCCAGUCGCUGGCGAGCGUGGCCUACCAGAUCAAUGCCUUAGCCAAUAACGUGCUGCAGCUGCUGGACAUCCAGGCGUCCCAGCUGCGCAGGAUGGAGUCCUCCAUCAACCACAUCUCCCAGACUGUGGAUAUCCACAAGGAGAAGGUGGCUAGGCGGGAGAUUGGUAUUUUGACAACGAACAAGAACACAUCGAGGACCCAUAAGAUCAUCGCUCCCGCCAACAUGGAGAGGCCAGUGAGGUACAUCCGGAAGCCCAUAGACUACACAGUGCUGGAUGACGUGGGCCACGGGGUGAAGUGGCUAAAAGCCAAGCACGGGAACAGCCAGUCCGUCAGGGGAGGGACGCUGUCGAGAAGCAACCCGCCGACGCAGAAGCCUCCGAGCCCCCCCAUGUCAGGGCGUGGCACGCUGGGUCGAAACACACCAUACAAAACCCUGGAGCCGGUCAAGCCCCCGGUGGUUCCCAAUGACUACAUGACCAGCCCCGCCCGCCUGGGCAGCCAGCACAGUCCGGGCCGCACCGCCUCCCUCAACCAGAGACCCCGAACUCACAGCGGCAGCAGUGGGGGCAGCGGCAGUCGCGAGAACAGCGGCAGCAGCGGCGUCGGCUUCCCCAUCGCCGUGCCGACGCCUUCCCCGCCCAGCAUGGGACCUGCGGCGGUUCCCCAAGGGCCCGGGCCAGGCCCCAUCCCGAUGUCCCAGUUUGGCACGAUAUCCCGGCAGAUAUCCCGGCACAACUCCACCACCUCGUCCGUCUCCACCAUCUCGGCCACGGGCACGUACAGGCGCGCCCCCUCCGUCACCUCCCAGUUCUCUGUGCAGCAGCCGCACGUCAACGGCGGCCCCGUGUACCCCCAAAACUCAAUGUCCAUCGCCCCCCCUCCUCCCCCCAUGCCCCAGUUGACUCCACAGAUACCCCUCACAGGCUUUGUGGCCAGGGUGCAGGAGAACAUAGCAGACACGCCCACCCCUCCUCCCCCGCCGCCGCCUGACGAUGUCCCGAUGUUCGACGACUCGCCGCCCCCUCCGCCGUCCCCACCGGUGGACUAUGAGGAUGAGGAGGCGGCCGUGGUGCACUACAGCGACCCCUACGCUGAUGGAGAUCCUCACUGGGCCCCCAAGGCCUACAUGGAGAAAGUCGUGGCGAUCUACGACUACACCAAGGACAAGGACGACGAGCUGUCCUUCAUGGAGGGCGCCAUCAUCUACAUCAUCAAGAAGAACGACGACGGCUGGUUCGAGGGCGUCUGCAAUGGGGUGACGGGCCUUUUCCCGGGAAAUUACGUGGAGUCCAUCAUGCACUAUGCAGACUGAAAGGGCCCCAUUUAUUCAAGUCAUAUCUAGACAGUAAAAUAAAAAGCAAACCUUA